CAUUCCUCUUUUUCCUUCCAAGACUCUCAAGCUUUUAUCAUCACACUUUUUCGUUAAUACUGCCCCGGUCGUUGGCAACCGGCGAAGAUGAUCUUCAAUACGCUCCUUCUGGCGACCUUCGCCUCCACUACCUUUGCUUCUCCCGUUCUUAACCAAAAACGCGUGGUGCACGAGCAGCGCGAAGGCUUGUCUACGAUCAAGGGGGCCAGGAUCGAGGAACAUGCCGUGAUUCCUAUCCGCAUUGCUCUGAAGCAGACCAACCUCCACCGUGGCUACGAUGUCGUCAUGGAUGUCUCUGACCCCGACUCCCCCAACUACGGCAAGCAUUGGACCAAGCAGCAGGUGCAGGAUUUCUUUGCCCCACCUGCUUCGUCCCUGGAAGCCGUCAAGGCGUGGUUGGUGGAGGCGGGCAUCAGCCCCCAGCUGAUUGGCGAGUCUGAGGACCGAGCGUGGGUCGGUGCGAACAUCCCUGUGUGGCAGGCGGAAGACCUCCUCGGCGCCGAGUACCAUGAGCAUCACGGCCAUGAUGACUCUCUGAGGAUUGGAUGUGACGAAUACUCCCUGCCCUCUCACAUCUCCGACUUGGUCGACUACAUCAAGCCGGGCAUUGUUUUGUCACCACCUCUGGACAAGCGAUCUAUCACACGCCGUGACACGACUGCGCAACCAUAUGCCCAGUACCUUCAGGCCCCUACGACUGGACCUGCGAAGAAGCUUGCCCACUUGCCCGGGCCGAACAGCUCUCCCGCUGCUGCCGGCAGACUGCCACCGGAUCUCCGGCUCUGUGGGUUCAACAUCACGCCAGCUUGCCAAAGAGCCCUCUAUGACAUUCCCAUGAACACCAUCAAUACGCCCGCGAACAACUUCGGUAUCGCGGAGUUUGGCGGUCAGGCCCCGAGCCAGUCGGAUCUGAACAAAUUCUACAACAAAUUCGCACCCAACGUCCCGCAGAACACCGGCCCCACGGUCUAUUCGAUCGAGCAUGGCCCUGGUCUGGUUCCCCCGAUCGACGCUGGCGACGAAGCAGAUAUUGACUUUGAGAUUGCCAUUUCGCUCGUUUACCCUCAGGUCACUACGCUCUAUUCGGUUGGCAAGUUCAGGACGAGGGGCUACACAGCCGAGCAGCAGAACGACCUUACGUUUGUGACGCCUCUUUUGGAUGCCAUCGAUGGUUCCUUCUGUACCAAAGCGGACCACAAGAACGGCCUCAACUGCGGCACCGUCCCCGUCCCUCGCGUCCUUUCCGUCUCUUAUAGCUCGCCCGAACUUUACAACCCCCAAAAGGGCGUUGAGCGAAGCUGCAACGAAUUCAUGAAGCUGUCUCUCCAGGGCUCGACCAUCCUUUUUGCUUCUGGCGAUUACGGCGUUUCCCAAGGCCCCACCAACAAAUACAAUGGCUGCCUCAACCCCGACUACAAGGUCGGCAAGAGCGGCCCGAUCUUCAUGCCGCCUUUCCCUGCGGACUGCCCGUAUGUCCUUGCCGUGGGCGCAACGCAGCUAUACGCCAACGAGACCAUCAACGACCCCGAGCACGUGAUGUACCAGCCGAUGUUCAACUACACGAGCGGAGCCAUCUUCUCCAGCUCUGGUGGCUUCAGCAAUUACUACCCGCGCCCGUCGUGGCAGGACUCUGCCGUGCAGAACUACCUCGACAAAUACGUCCCCGACUACGCAUACUACACGUACAACGGCCACGACAUCUUCUCCAACAAGAGCAACGUCGGCGCCAACGGCGGCCUCUACAACCGCGCCGGCCGCGGCAUUCCCGACGUCAGCUCCAACGGCGCCAACUACACCGCCUUCUACAACAGCACCAUCUACGACUUCUACGGCACCAGCCUGGCCGCGCCGACGUGGGGCUCCAUCAUCACGCUCAUCAACGAGCAGCUCACCAAGGCGGGCAAGAGCCCCGCCGGCUUCGUCCAGCCGCUGCUCUACAAGAACCCCCAGGCCUUCCACGACAUUACGCUCGGCACCAACCCGGGCUGCGGCUCGCAGGGCUUCCCUGCGUCGCCUGGCUGGGAUCCAGCCACUGGCUUAGGCACUCCGAACUUCCCGGCUCUGCUGAAGGUGUUUAUGAAUGCGGCCGGCGAGAGCGGGUGGAAUGGUGGUGGGGGUGGAUGGAACGGGACUGGCGAUUCUUAUUCCUCCUCUUGAUUGAUGGUAGGACGCUCGCUUUCGCAGUUAAUGCAGGCAUGUACAUGUAUGUAAAAAAGAUAUUGGCCU